UCCGACCCUUUUAAAAACAAAAAGACCGUGCUCACUGACUCCAUCUCCUCCCCCUCGUUAUCCCAAAUUCGAAGUGGAGUUCUCGGCGCGCUUCUCGAAUUUGGAGUUCUCAGCGCGCUUCUCGGCCAAGAUUUCGCAUCCACUUCCUCGGUUGGCUUCGCACGGCCACGAAAUCAACAAACCUCACCUCCAUCUCCAUCUCCAUCUCCAUCUUCCUCCAAGCCCAAACCAAAUCCUCCAUGAUCAAUGGCGUACCGGCGAAAUCACGGACCCCAGCGAUCCCUCACCUUCAUUGAGGAUACUCGAUCCUCCUCCUCUUCUGAUGUCCUCCCUCCCCUCCCCCCGCCUCGCCGCCCACGCUACCAGCGGCGCGUCCGCCAGUUCCGAUCCCAACGCCAACGUCGACGGCAUUGCAGCACGCCGGAAGCAUCUCCUGAGAUCGGCCACCUACGCCACUCCCCAGCAAAGACAAAGAGGGACAAAUCGAGGAAGAGUUGAGAGAUCAGAAUCAGAAAAUGAUGCCAUUUUAGUGGAUGCUGCAACCUAUGACUACACAGCAAUGAAAAGUUUGAAUGAGGCCAAGUAUGGUUUUUGGGGGGUUUUGGCUAGAAAAGCUAAAUCAAUACUUGAAGAUGAUAAUCCUUCUCAAGAAUCAGAAGACAGUGGCAGGAGUCAUCCACAGAUGUUUGACACCUCAGCAGGUAGUCAAUUCAAUCAACUUGAUAGUUACCAGAGAACAGAUAAUUUAUCAGUAAACAAAGGUCCAGAACUUGAUUCUUCGCACCAGCACAUUGGUGGUGCAAUAAAAAGUGCUCUCGAAGAGGGUAUGACUAUAGUGGAGAACAGGACAGCUAAUAUCAUCCAAGAGACACGAAAGCUGCAAAUCAGGAGAAAAAGUGGAAGUUUCAGUGCACGGAAUCAGUGUGCUGAUCUUUCAGCUUCAAGUUACCUCUAUGCAGAUCUAAAUGACCACGAAACUCAACUGAAGGCAUCACGCGACGUUGCAAAUGCAAUGGCUGCCAAGGCCAAGCUUCUUCUGCGGGAACUUAAAACUGUCAAAGCUGACCUGGCUUUUGCAAAAGAGCGAUGUGCUCAGCUUGAAGGUGAAAACAAGCUAUUGAGAGAAAGUCGUGAUAAGGGAGAUACCAUUGAAGAUGAUGAUCUGAUACGACUCCAAUUAGAGACGCUGCUGGCAGAGAAGGGAAGGCUGGCCCAUGACAACUCCAUCUAUGCAAGAGAGAAUCGGUUCUUGAGGGAGAUCGUGGAGUAUCAUCAGCUGACGAUGCAAGAUGUUGUGUAUGUUGAUGAAGGUAUUGAAGAGGUCCAAGAAGUCUGCCCGAUCCAGUUGCCAGCUCACUUAUUUCAUUCUUCCCCUCGACAACUCUCUCCCAUAUUGUCUAGACCUGGCUCUUCCAACAACUCGAAAAACUCUUCCCCGCAAUUUCUCAACAUUGAAGAUCCACCAGAAUUUUUCUUAAAAACUGGCACUUUCUCGCCUUCAUCUUCUUCUCAUGCGAAGAGACGACCCAUAGCAGGGAGCCCGACAUCUUCCCCAAAAUAUGAAACACGUGCAGCAGAAACUCAGCCAAGGAGUGUCCCACCUUCUCCAAAACACGAGACACAGGAAAAAACCAAGACAGAGAGUCGCUUACCUUCUAUAAUAAUAUAUGAGGCACAAGCAGAAACUCUUGCUGGGAGCCCCCAACAUGCCCAAAGCUUGACACCUGUAGAAAUCCAGCAGAUGAGCUCUCCACCUUCUCCAAAAUUUACACAGGAAGAAACCUGGCCUAAGAGCCCUCAAAAUUCUCAAAUAUUCACACAGGAAGAAUUUCAUAUAAGGAGCUCCUCGCCUUCUCCAAAAUCACGUCCAGAAACCAAAGCAGGAAGCCUACAAUCUUCUCCGAAAUUGAAGCCAAUAGAAAUCAAAGCGAGGAGCCAUCCAACUUCUCCAACAUAUGAGCCACUAGUGAAAAUUCGAGCAAGAUGCUCCUCACCAUCUCCAAAAUAUGGGACACAAGCAGAAACUCAAGCAAGGAGCCCCUCACCUUCUCCAAAGUAUCAGAGAUGGACAGAGAUUCGAGCAAGGUGCUCCACACCUUCUCCAAAAUACAGUACACUAGAAGAAACUCACCAUUUUCAAAAGAUGAGAAACUGGCAGAAAUGCAAGAAGAGAGUCUCUGACCUUUUCCUAAAUUGGCACAAGCAGAAACCCAGACAGAGAAUUCCCCAACUCCAUAAUAUGCGACACAAGAGAAAACCAAGGCUGUGA